AGUGCGUUACAAUAAUGCACAAUUAUUAAUAAAUUGUGAAAUCCGGUGAAGGUUGAAAAAGUCCAUUGCGAAAAAAUCGCUCCAAGUUUUACGGAAACGCCUGAAUAAGCAUAUAUUUUCCCCACCUGACAUAAUGUUUGUAACUGUUCGUUCAAAUAAACAUGACAAAAAAAAUGGACGAGGCAGUGCGGUGCCAAAUCAAAAUCGAUAGACCCAUCUACGAACAUGACCAGCUCAGGAAAGACUUUGAUUACAACAAAAGCGACAAAAAGAAAUGUUUGAGCCUCGAUUUUGACACAAAUUUCAAACGAAUCGUCCUCAAAACAAUCCCUGCGAUCGAAUGGCUGAGUCAUUACAAAUGGCGAAAAAAUUUGUUGGCCGAUUUUAUCUCAGGAUUCACUGUUGCCAUAAUGCACAUUCCGCAAGGAAUGGCCUACGCUCUUUUGGGCAACGUCCCCCCAGUUGUGGGCAUCUACAUGGCCUUUUUCCCAGUCUUGAUCUACUUUUUUUUGGGGACUUCCCGGCACAAUUCCAUGGGAACCUUCGCUGUUGUUUGUUUGAUGACCGGAAAAGCCGUGCUGGAACACAGCGAUCCCUCGUAUUUCAUGAAAAGUUCAAUUAAUACAACGAGCGAAAAUCCGGUCAUUGAGUCGGUCCAUGACCGCUAUUCUCCCAUGGAAGUGGCUACAGCAGUCACAUUCACUGUAGCCUUGUUUCAGCUUGUAAUGUACGUACUGAGACUAGGAAUUGUUAGUAAUUUGCUUUCGGAGACUUUGGUUAGUGGAUUUACGACUGGGGCCGCCUUUCAAGUCAUUGCCUCACAAAUCAAGGAUUUGUUAGGAUUGAAAAUACCGAAACAAAAGGGACUUUUCGUUUUCAUAAAUACUCUAAAAUGCGUCUUUGACGAGAUCUCUGAAACAAACACGGCGGCUGUUGUCAUUUCUUUAGUCACUAUCUUUAUCCUCAUUGCAAACAACGAAGUGAUUAAGCCACUUUUGGCCAAAAAAUCCUCAUUUCCAAUUCCAAUCGAGUUAAUCGCAAUCGUAUUAGGGACUUUAGUGUCGCGAUAUUGCAGCCUUGAGGAAAUCUACUCGAUUAAAGUAGUCGGAGAAAUCCCCAGUGGCCUUCCGGCCCCAAAUAUGCCCCCAAUGUCGCUACUGACUUCAGUACUACUUGACGGGUUUACGAUAGCAAUAGUUUCGUACAGUAUCACCCUUUCAAUGGCCCUAAUUUUCGCCCAAAAACUCAACUACGAAGUGGACGCCAAUCAGGAACUUUUAGCGCAAGGGGUUGGCAACAUUUUCGGUUCGUUUUUCUCGUGUAUGCCCUUCACGGCGUCGCUUUCGCGCUCAACAAUUCAACAAGUAGUUGGGGGAAAAACACAAAUAGCGUCACUCGUUUCGUGUUUUCUCCUACUUAUAGUCCUACUCUGGAUUGGGCCAUUUUUUGAGCCGUUACCAAAGAGUGUUUUAGCCAGUGUUAUAGUUGUGGCCCUCAAAGGAAUGGUUUGGCAAAUCAAACAGUUGUUCAGAUUUUGGAAAAUGAGUAAAAUGGACGCUAUUGUCUGGUUGGCCACUUUUCUGACUGUGGUUUUUGUCAGUAUUGAGAUCGGGCUUUUGACCGGUGUUGUCAUGUCUCUAGCUACGAUUUUUGUGCUUAGUUUGAAGCCCUACACUUGCUUGCUUGGCUCAGUUCCGGGCACUGAUCUCUAUAUUAAUAUAAAUCGGUACAAAGGGGCGGUUGAAAUUCCGGGGAUUAAAAUAUUUCAGUACUGUGGGGGGAUUAAUUUUGCAACUAGGAACAUUUUCAGGAGCGAAGUCUUGCGUCUCGUUGAUAUAAACCCGCAAAAAGAGCUCGAAUAUCGCAAAAAACUGACAAAAUACGGAGACGAAAUCGACGUUAAAGAACCUGAAAGUCCGAAUGAGAAAAUCGCAAAACUGCAACGAAAAAUCAAUCGCGAGUUAAAGUGUUUGAUUUUAGAUUUCUCGUCUUUGAGUCAUUUGGAUCCUUCGGGGGCUUCAAUGCUUCAGAUUGUUACUGAAAGUUUCCAGAAGAUUGAUAUUCCUGUUUACAUUGCAGCCUGUCCUGAACCUAUUUACGAAAUGAUUAACAAGUGUGGUCUCAUCAAUCAUAAGAGUUCAAUUCGGACGUUUCCCACAGUUCACGAUGCUGUGGAGUGUGCUACUGAGAUAUUUACUCUAAGCGCUUCCCCUAUUUCUACAAUUAGCCGAAUAUAAAUCAAACUAAAAAUAAAUAAAUAAUGAAAAAGCCAAA